AUUCAUUAUUCCUAUGCUUGUUAAGGCUUUCUCUGAAGAUUACCAACUCAAAUUCAAACCUCAUCAAGUUGAAGGCCCUGCUUCUCCUCGGGACUAUUUAGAUUGGCUUAAUAGCUUAAGAAAAUGGCGUCUUGAACAAUACAAAAAGGAGGAAAGUCAUGUUACUUCUGCCUUGGAUGUUCCUGAACUUCAUUGGGUUCAAACAAGCUAUGUUCAACCUCAUGUUAUGGUGAAUGACUUGUAUCUCUAUGAUCCUGUCACCAACAAAUACACUGUGGAUAGAUAUCUCAAAGAUGCCGAAAAACGUUACGGUGCCGUUGAUUCCAUUGUUAUUUGGCCUACUUUUCCCAACCUUGGUUGUGAUAGUCGUAAUUCUGAAGACUAUUUUAGAUGUCUUCCCGGAGGAACACUCGGAAUUCGUUCCUUAGUACAAGAAUUCCAUAGUAAGAAAGUCAAGGUUUUAUUCCCCGUCCUUGGUUGGGACAAUGGCACACGUGAUCCUCAAGCCUCCUGGAGUUAUAUCCUCCCUCGCUUGUUUAAGGAAUACAACAUCGACGGUAUGACAAGUGAUGAUGCUCACUUCACUCAAGAUUAUUGGUUAAAUGCACUCGCUAUUGGUCAUCCCUUGGCCUUCAAGUCACAUGCUACCAAUGAAGCUUCUUGCAAGACUAUGCAAUGGAACAUCGUUGACACAGCUAAAUUUGAUUUUAAAAAUCAUAUCCCUACUGUCUCUACUCGAAAGCUCCUUGAGCCUAGACGUAUGACGCAUACUUCUGAUAAAUGGUCUAGAAACAAGACUACCAUGAUUCAACAUGCUUUCUUUAAUGGUUUGGGUAUUGAAUUAUGGGAAAACAUAUUUGGUACUUGUAAUCAAAUGUCACCAAGAGAUGCUGAAGCACUCUACCGCACAGCUAGUAUUCUCAGAUGCUUUGGCCCUGACUUUUUUGCUUCACCUGAAUGGGAGCCUCAUUGCCCCUGCGUUCGUUGGGAAACUGUCUUCUCAAGCAAGUUUCCUAAUCGUGUUGUUAAGGACCAAGUUGUCUGGACCUUUGUCAACCGUGGUCCUGCUGCUGUCACUGGUCAUCAAAUUGUCGUGAAUUAUCAUAUUGGUAUUCAAUACUAUGAUGUCUGGCAUGGUAUUGAACUUGAGCCUACCAACAUCUGUGAUGGACUUGCCACUCUUAGCUUUGAUAUUGAGCCUCAUGGCUAUGGCUGUAUCUUUGCUACUUCUGAUGUAUCCGUUUUACCCACCGGUUUUGAUGAACUCUUGAAGAAACUCAAGUGUCGUUCCCACAAGCCUCUUCACUGCUAUCCUAUGUCUUCUCCUAUGCUAUGGCAAGAACUGGAUGAAGUUGUUGUGAGUAAAACAAGCUCUGAAAAUAUAUGUGGCAUGGUGCGUAUUGAAGGUGACGUCUUUGAUUUCCAAGUCAAAGGAUUAAGUGAACAUCCUUGCGGUACCGCAGAAUAUCCUGGUGUAGAUAUCAAGUACCCUUGGGAAUUUCAAGCUUCCCGCGUCCAUGCUACUUAUCGUAUGAAAAUUCAUACUUUCUACAUGGAUGCUUAUCCUGUCACUGAAGCCCAAUUCAAAAAAUUUCUUGAUGAGACUGAUUAUAAGCCUGCGGAUCCUACUAACUUUUUGAAGCAUUGGAUUGGUGGUUGCUAUCCAUGCGAUCGCGCUAAUAAGCCAGUCACUCAUGUCUCUAUUGAAGAUGCAAGAGCCUAUGCUAAAUGGGCAGGCAAGCGUCUUCCUCAUGAAUGGGAAUGGCAAUAUGUCGCUCAAGGUGGCCAUGAAUAUCGCACUUAUCCUUGGGGCAACACAUGGGAUGAAUCCAAGGUACCCGAGGUCUAUAGUGGUCGUGAUAGACUUUACCCCGAACACCCACCUGCUGAUGUAGACACCCACCCUGCUGGUCGUUCUUGUAUGGGUGUAUAUGAUAUGGUUGGUAACGUCUGGCAAUGGACUGAUGUAUAUCAAGAUGAACACACCAGAGCAGCUAUCAUUCGUGGUGGCUCUUACUAUAAGCCCAAGGACAGUACACACUAUUUCCCUCAAGCUUAUCGUAAUGAUACCCAUGGCAAAUACCUCUUGAUGUCUGCUUCUGUUGAUCGUUCCGCUACCAUUGGUUUCCGAUGCGUUAAAGAUACUGAAGAGAGUGCUGCUGCUCUUGGCAAUUGUUCCUUUGAUGAAGAGCAAUGCUUAUAAUAUGCAAUCUAUAGUGGCCUGGAUAAGAAUGGCAAUUUUUUUUUAAAUAAUUGAUAUCAAUACUUAAUGCAAGAACUGAAUUACAAUUCUUGUUUAUAAUAAAAUAAAAGGAUAUAAACACUUAACCGAUGGAAGAGACCAGUUCUGCUCAUCAGGUG